CUUCUAUCUAUGUUUUUUUUAGGAGUACAGACGAGAGAAAUUAGCGGUCCAGAACUCCCGUCUAAAUGGUUCAGCUGGUUGUCCUCGUCGGAAAAAACUACUGCAUACAGGAAGCCUGAAUUUCCGGCCACCUGUAUGCCGCUCUAAGUCGGCCCCACGUCUAGGGAGUAUAGAUGAAGAGCAGGAAGAGCCUGAAAUCAAUGGCGAAUCAGUAUGCUAUCGUGCAGAGCCAGACCGCGUGGAAAGUUCAUCCGAUCCUUCCCCUAACACUGCUUCUACGAACGACACUCUGGAAGUAGAAGGUAAAGUUGCUUCUAUCUGUCACGCAAUUAGGGGAUAG